UCUCUUCUGAUUAAUUACGAGGUUGAAUCAGUCAGUUACCGGCGACGAUGGCGAAAAGGAAUUCUGAGAAUGAAGUAGUGGAUUCGUCAGAUGAUGAAGUUGAGGAAUUCGAAAUUGAGGAAGUGCAAGACCGAAUCCAGUCGUCCCAUGGGAGUCGAUUCGCUUUGCUAGAGAUGAAAUUCAAUGGUAGGAAACUCAGUGGAGACCGCCUCAUCAGAGGAAUCGAAGGCUUCAAGGGUUUCUUCAUCCAUCCCGAUAACAGGUGGUAUCAGACGUGGAAGCAUUUCAUAUUGUUAUGGGCUACCUAUUCUUCCUUCUUCACCCCAUUCGAGUUCGGAUUCUUCAGAGGUUUGCCGGAGAACUUAUUCUUACUCGACAUUGCUGGGCAAGUAGCAUUCCUUAUCGACAUCAUUGUCAAGUUCUUCGUCGCUUUCAGAGAUGAACAGACUUAUCGAAUGGUCUACAAUCGUAAUCGCAUCGCUCUACGGUACUUGAAAUCGAGUUUCCUGGUAGAUUUUAUUGGUUGUCUACCCUGGGACGCUAUCUACAGGGCUUGUGGAAGGAAAGAAGAAGUGAGGUACCUUUUAUGGAUUAGGUUAAGUCGAGCGUGGAGAAUAAAAGAAUUUUUCCAGAAGAUAGAGAAGGACAUCAGGAUCAAUUACCUGUUUACUCGAAUUGUGAAACUUCUUGUUGUUGAACUCUACUGCACCCAUACUGCUGCCUGCAUCUUUUAUUAUCUUGCUACCACUUUGCCUCCCACCCAGGAGGGUUUCACAUGGAUAGGAAGCUUAAAGAUGGGAGACUAUAGUUAUUCCAACUUCAGAGAAAUUGAUCUUUCAAAAUGUUACUGGACAUCAUUAUAUUUUGCCAUUGUAACCAUGGCAACUGUAGGAUAUGGAGAUAUACAUGCAGUCAAUAUCAGGGAAAUGAUAUUCAUCAUGAUUUUUGUAUCAUUUGACAUGAUUCUUGGUGCUUAUCUAAUUGGUAACAUGACAGCAUUAAUCGUAAAAGGAUCAAAAACAGAAAUGUUUAGAGAUAAAAUGACAGAUGUAAUAAAAUAUAUGAACAGAAACAAACUUGGAAAGGAUAUUCGUGAUCAAAUCAAAGGCCACUUGAGGUUACAGUAUGAGAGCAACUACACUGAUGCUGCUGUUCUUCAGGAUAUUCCAGUCUCUAUACGUGCAAGGAUUUCACAGAAAAUAUAUAAGCCAUUCAUUGAAAAGGUCCCUCUUUUUCAAGGAUGCUCUCCUGAAUUCAUCAAUCAGAUUGUAAUCAGGCUCCACGAGGAAUUUUUUCUUCCCAGGGAAGUGGUUACAGAACAGGGAAAUGUGGUGGAUCAAAUUUAUUUUGUUUGUCACGGUGUGCUGGAGGAGGUAGGCAUAGGGGAAGAUGGAUUUGAAGAGAGUGUUUCACUCCUGGAACGUUACAGCUCUUUUGGGGAAAUUUCCAUUCUCUGCAACAUUCCUCAGCCUAGCACAAUUCAAGUCCGUGAACUAUGUAGGCUUCUACGGCUUGAUAAACAAUCUUUCACAAAUAUCCUACAGAUAUAUUUUUUUGAUGGAAGGAGAAUCUUGAGUAACCUUCUAGAGGGAAAAGAAUCCAAUCUACGGAUAAAGCAACUGGAAUCUGACAUCACAUUUUAUAUUGGGAAGCAAGAAGUUGAACUUGCUUUGAGGGUAAAUAAUGCUACCUAUCACGGAGACUUGUAUCAGCUUAAGGGUUUAAUCCAUGCUGGAGCAGAUCCAAGUAAAACAGAUUAUGAUGGAAGAUCACCUUUGCAUCUUGCAGCUUCAAGAGGAUAUGAAGAUAUUACUUUUUUCCUCAUUCAGAAAGGUGUGGAUAUCCAAACUUCAGAUAAUUUUGGAAACACACCCCUCCUUGAAGCUCUCAAGAAUGGGCAUGAUCGAGUGGCAGCUUUGCUUGUUAAAAAAGGGGCAUCUUUAAAUAUUGAUGAUGCUGGUGGCUGUCUCUGUAAUGCUGUCAUUAAAGGGGAUUCAGAUUUCCUUAAAAGAUUAUUGUCCAAUGGCAUAGAUCCAAACUCCAAAGAUUAUGAUCACCGGACACCACUUCAUGUAGCUGCAGCAGAGGGAUUAUAUUUGAUGGCAAAAAUACUGAUAGAAGCUGGUGCAAGUGUUUUCUCGAAGGACAGAUGGGGAAAUACUCCUCUUGACGAAGGUCGCAUGUGUGGCAACAAGAAUUUGAUCAAGCUUCUGGAAGACGCGAAACAUGCUCAGUUGUCUGACCACCCUGAUCACUCACAGGAAAUCAGAGAUAAAAUGCACCCAAGGACAUGCACAGUAUUUCCAUUCCACCCGUGGGAUCCAAAAGAAAAAAGAAUACCAGGAAUUGUUUUGUGGAUUCCACGCACAAUGCAAGAGCUCAUCCAGAUGGCAGCAGAGCAACUAAAAUACUCAGGUGCCUCCUGCAUUGUAUCUGAAGAUGGUGGGAAAAUCCUAGAUGUGGACAUGAUUUAUGAUGGUCAGAAACUGUAUUUAAGUGGUGAAAAUGAUCAAACAUGAAUGUUAUGCUUCUUGUAAAUUUGAUGUUUUUGCAGUGUGACCUCUGUUGUAUCCUACCUCCCAAAUUUAUUGUUGUAAAUAAUUCGGUAAAAGUCCUAAGAAGAAGUCAUCCCAGAAUUU